ACUGGCACCGAUUACAGAACUACACUCUACAGAAGUGAUAAUACUGUCAACGAGUAACGACCAUCACUAUUAUAUUUUAUUGUUCUCAUUCCUCAAGCCAAAAACACAACACUAAAGUCCUCAUACAUUAGUUAUUGUAAUCGACAAUUUAACAUGAAGCCUGUAGUAGCUGCCGAUGAAAUGUUCCCGGAAGGGACCAGUGCCAUAAUGGACUUGGACGAUGAGACAGGAAGCAAUGUUAUAUUUGAAAUGAGUGACAAAAGUCUACAAGCUGAUUUUUAUAAUGAUUUUAAUGAUCUUAACGACGAUGAUGAUUUUUAACAUACAAAUGUUACCUCAAGAAAAAAAACAUCCAUAAACUACUUGAUUUAUAAUAACAAAUAAUGGCAAUGUGAUUGUAAAAGUAUUUUUUUUUUUUUUUUUAUAUAUUUUCGCAUUAUGUCAAGUAUUUGUUAUAUAUUUUAGUAUUAAAAAUAUUAAGAUAUUAAUUUUAGCUAUAUUUACUUUUUUUCAUCACAAAUAUCUUUAUAUUAUAAAUUAUAAUAUAAUAGUGUUCUAAAGUACAAUUAAUUUAAUUUUACAUUUUUAUAUCCAUCAUUAUUAUUAUUAUUAGUAAAAUAUACAAACAAUUUACAACUUUAAAAUGUUCAUUUACACAACUCGCUUUCAAAUUAAAAUAUAAUAAAAACCUGAGAUUCAUUAG